AGGCGCAAGUUUACUCCGGUCGAGGGUUACCAAAGUCGCCGAUUUUAUUUUCCGAUUCCCCCUUUGCCGCAAAGGGCUAGGGAGUCAAUUUCUCACCUCUCUAUCUAUCGUCACUCCUCUCAUUUGCUAUCCCGUCUCGGGCCGGUGAGGUAUGGCGUCGUCUUCGCUUAUGGCAGCAACUCCUCACCUCGGUUAUGCAAGCCCGAGGACCGACGGUCACUGCUCAUCCUUCUCUCGCACAAACCUCCUCAUACCCCCGUCCUUUCCAGGUUGUCGUCCUGGCCGGCGGUACUUACAUCACGAGCAACGGUGCCUACAUUUUGGUUUGAAGGAGACAUCAGAAGGCAAAUCACGAUUAGGAAGCACAAGGAAAUCACACAUUCACAGGUUUAAUGAAAUAGAUGUAUCCAGUAUUUCUUCAAGGAAGCUAUGCUGCCUAGCUCGCUUUCGUAGCCGCUAUAAGCUUGUGGGUCAUAUUAAAAUACACACUUUGGGUGACUUUAUUGACAAAUCAACUUUUCCUAUUGCAAAGCAUUCAGUUUUUAGCAAUGUGAAACCAGCACGUAUUCGUUGUGCAUCUUUAGGCCCUGAUGAACCCCAUGUUGCCAGCACAUCAUUUUCUGAGACAAUCCUUGAGAAACAAGGUUUGGGCUUUUGGGGUCCUGAAGCUGAGAAGGAAGAACUUGAAAGUUUAUUUAGCUCGCCACUUCCUUCACAUCCAAAGCUCCACAGAGGGCAGCUAAAAAAUGGUUUACGCUACCUCAUUCUGCCUAAUAAGGUCCCUGCAAACAGGUUUGAGGCACAUAUGGAAGUUCAUGUUGGAUCAAUUGAUGAAGAAGAUGAUGAGCAGGGAAUUGCCCAUAUGAUUGAACAUGUUGCAUUUCUUGGGAGUAAAAAACGAGAAAAACUUCUUGGAACUGGAGCAAGGUCUAAUGCAUAUACAGAUUUCCAUCACACCGUGUUUCAUAUCCAUUCCCCGACUACCUCAAAGGACUCAGAUGGGGAUUUACUUCCAUUUGUGUUGGAUGCUCUAAAUGAGAUAGCUUUCUAUCCCAAGUUUCUUCCAUCUCGUGUUGAAAAGGAGAGAAGAGCUAUCCUCUCUGAAUUACAGAUGAUGAACACGAUAGAAUAUCGCGUUGACUGCCAGUUGUUACAACAUCUGCAUUCUGAAAACAAACUGAGUAAAAGAUUUCCUAUUGGAUUGGAAGAACAGAUUAAACAAUGGGAUACAGAAAAAAUACGUAGAUUCCAUGAGCGCUGGUACUUUCCUGCAAAUGCCACUUUAUAUUUAGUUGGGGACAUUGAUGACAUUCACAAGGCAGUUUACCAAAUUGAAGCUGUCUUUGGCCGGGCACUAGAGGAAAAAGAAGCACCUCCAGUUCAUUCUACCUCCGCAUUUGGGGCAAUGGCAAAUUUUCUUGUUCCUAAGUUGCCAAGUGGACUUUCUGGUAGUCUCUCUCAUGAAAGAGCUGCUUCGUUAGAUCAAUCAAAGCUUAUAAGGAAAGAAAGGCAUGCAGUUCGACCACCUGUUCAACAUAUAUGGUCUCUUCCUGAAUCUGGUCAAUUUGCUAAGCGUCCACAAGUAUUCCAGCAUGAAUUAAUUCAAAAUUUCUCAAUCAACAUGUUUUGUAAGAUACCUGUAAACUCUGUUCGAUCAUAUGGUGAUUUGAGAACCGUCUUGAUGAAGAGAAUAUUUUUAUCAGCUCUGCAUUUUAGAAUAAACACCAGAUAUAAGAGUUCAAAUCCUCCUUUCACAUCAAUUGAGUUAGAUCAUAGUGAUUCUGGCAGAGAAGGGUGCACAGUUACUACUCUUACGGUGACUGCUGAACCAAAAAACUGGCAAAGUGCCAUUAAAGUUGCUGUUCAGGAGGUCCGAAGGCUUAAAGAGUUUGGUGUAACAAAAGGAGAACUGACUCGCUAUAUGGAUGCACUGAUCAAAGACAGUGAACAAUUAGCUGCGAUGAUUGAUAACGUUCCGUCUGUUGAUAAUCUGGAUUUUAUUAUGGAGAGUGACGCACUUAGCCAUACAGUAAUGGAUCAAAGGCAGGGCCAUGAAUGCUUAGUUGCAGUUGCAGAAACUGUUACUUUAGAAGAAGUUAACUCUGUUGGUGCGGAGGUGUUGGAGUUCAUUUCUGACUUUGGAAAGUCUACUGCACCACUUUCUGCAGCUAUUGUUGCUUGUGUUCCAAAGAGAGUGCAUAGUGAAGGAGUUGGAGAAGUUGAGUUUAAGAUCGAUUCACAGGAAAUUGUUGAUGCCAUAAAAGCAGGCCUUCAGGAACCAAUACAUGCAGAGCCUGAGCUUGAGGUGCCGAAAGAGUUGAUAACAUUGUCAGAACUGGAGGACUUGAGAUUACAACGUAAGCCCGCUUUUGUUUCUUUAAGCAAAGAAGUGGAAAUGAUAAAACGGUUUGACAAGGAAACUGGCAUCAUGCAGCGCUGCCUUUCAAAUGGAAUUCCUGUUAAUUACAAGAUUACAAAAAAUGAAGCUAGAGGUGGUAUCAUGCGACUUAUUGUGGGUGGUGGAAGAGCAGCAGAAACUUCUGAUUCAAAGGGAUCAAUUGUUGUAGGAGUUAGAACGCUCAGUGAAGGGGGCUGUGUUGGCAAAUUUUCGAGGGAACAGGUAGAGCUUUUUUGUGUAAAUCACCUAAUAAACUGUUCUUUGGAGUCCAAUGAGGAGGUAAUAUGUAUGGAAUUUCGAUUUACUUUGAGAGAUAAUGGGAUGAGAGCUGCAUUCCAACUCCUGCACAUGGUUCUUGAGCAUAGUGUUUGGCUUGAAGAUGCGUUUGAUAGAGCCAGGCAACUGUAUUUUUCAUACUACCGAUCCAUACCAAAAAGCCUUGAACGUUCAACUGCACACAGACUUAUGUUGGCAAUGUUGAAUGGUGAUGAGAGAUUUGUUGAGCCAACACCGGAUUCAUUGGAAAAAUUAACACUUCAAUCAGUUAAACAUGCUGUGAUGAAUCAGUUUGUUGGUGACAAUAUGGAGGUAAGUAUUGUUGGUGACUUCUCGGAGGAAGAAAUUGAAUCUUGCAUCCUUGAUUACCUGGGUACCGUUAGAGCAAAGCAAAGUUUUGACUCCAUGACGUUUGAGCCAAUUAUGUUUCGAACAACUCCAUCCGAUCUUCAUUUUCAGCAGGUAUAUCUAAAGGACACUGAUGAAAGAGCAUGUGCAUACAUUGCUGGUCCAGCUCCAAAUCGUUGGGGUUUCUCUGCUGAAGGCAAAGACCUCUUUGAUUUAAUCAAUAGUGCACCAAGUGAAGAUGAGAAGUUUAAUUCAGAGAAGACACUCUCUCUUCAAGAGAAGGACAUAGAAAGCAAUAUACAGAAAAAUAUGCGAUAUCACCCGCUUUUCUUUGGUGUUACUUUAGGGUUACUAGCGGAGAUCAUAAACUCCAGGCUUUUCACAACAGUUAGGGAUUCUCUGGGUUUAACAUAUGAUGUAUCUUUCGAAUUAAGUCUCUUUGAUAGACUGCAACUGGGAUGGUAUGUCAUUUCAGUAACCUCUACUCCAAGCAAGGUUUAUAAAGCUGUUGAUGCAUGCAAGAAUGUGCUCAGAGGGCUACACAAUAACAAGAUUGCCCAGAGAGAGCUAGAUCGGGCAAAGAGGACCCUACUGAUGAGACACGAAGCUGAGACAAAGUCAAAUGCCUACUGGCUCGGAUUGCUAGCGCACUUACAGGCUUCAUCCGUUCCUAGGAAGGAUAUUUCAUGCAUCAAAGACUUAACCUUAUUAUAUGAAGCUGCAAGCAUUGAGGAUAUAUAUGUUGCAUAUCAAUAUUUGAAGGUUGAUGACGCAUCCUUGUUUUCGUGCAUUGGUGUGGCUGGUGUACAAUCAAGUGAAGAUCUCUCUGCCACAGAAGAAGACAUGGGUGUAAGCUAUCAGCCAUUUUCUCAGAUUGGGCGUGGUCUGUCUACAAUGACACGUCCCACAACAUGAUUUUCUUGAUACAAUUCGUUGAUUAAGUUUGCGGGAGAUCUGAAUAAUUUUCAGGGUUAUAUCAGUUCCCUGAAUGCCAUUAUUAUAGAAGACCACAUAAAAGUUCAUUGUAGGUGCAUUCGCAAAAGUGAAACAGCUGGAAUUUUUCAGAAACAAUUUUUAUAAUUCUUCAUCAACUACAUUUUUUUUUUUCAUGUAAUUUUGUGCAAAGAAUGACGUCUAUUAUUUACUUCCAUAUAUAUUUUUCUCCUGAUAUAUUCAGAAGCUUUUGUGUCAUGGUAAAGCUAACGUUUCAAUAAUCGUUGUUGUAUUUGUAUCCUGUAUUUGCAACAUUACUGAUAAUAUCUGUAUGGCUCCUUUCAUUGUCAAAA